CGGGCCGGGCGGGGGGCGCUGUGAGGGAAGAUGAAGGCGGCGGCCAUGUUGGGAGCCGCGGGGCGCGGGCCGUGUUGAGCGCUCCGCUGAGGGCUCUGCCGAGGGUUCCGCCGUGUGGGAGCGGCGGCUCGGGGCGACAGGAGGACAGCGCCUACUACGACUCAGAGGCGGGCUUGCUCGGCUACUUGUGCCUGGUUUAAGGAGCCCUCGGCAGCGGCGGUGUCCCUGACCGAGAAGCAGCGCCAUGAGCGGGGGGACGCCCUACAUCGGGAGCAAGAUCAGCCUCAUCUCCAAGGCUGAGAUUCGCUAUGAGGGGAUCCUGUACACCAUCGACACCGAGAACUCCACGGUGGCGCUGGCCAAGGUUCGCUCCUUUGGUACAGAAGACAGACCGACGGACAGACCCAUCCCCCCUCGCGAUGAGGUCUUCGAGUACAUUAUAUUCCGCGGCAGCGACAUUAAGGACCUGACUGUCUGUGAGCCACCAAAACCUCAGUGCUCCUUGCCACAGGACCCUGCCAUUGUUCAGUCUUCACUAGGAUCUUCGACUACGUCUUCAUUCCAGUCUGUGGGGUCCUACGGUCCUUUUGGCAGGAUGCCUGCGUACAGUCAGUUCAGCCCGAGCCCGCUGGUGGGGCAGCAGUUCGGCGCUGUGGGAGUUGCAGGAGGUUCUUUAACAUCUUUUGGAACAGACUCUUCAGGCAGUGCUAGCAUGUCCCAAAGCACUGCAGUUGGUUCUGCGUUUACAACAGAUGCAAGAUCACUAAAAACACAGAUGUCUCAAGGUCGUUCAAGCCCUCAGAUGGACCAUUUGAGAAGGAGCCCCACCAUGGAACAAGCUGUACAAACAGCUUCAGCCCACCUGCCCACUCCAGCACCAGUUGGGAGGAGGAGUCCUGUACAAACCAGACCUUUGGUGUCUGCAAGCCAAAAAUCCCUAGAGAACCAAGAGCACAGACGAGCUGAAGCACACAAGGUUUCAAGAUCAGAAAAUGAACUCAGAAAUGAAAACAAACGACAAAUUGUUCCAGGUGCACCCGCAGUACGGAGAGGCCGUGGAGGUCACAGAGGGGGCCGAGGAAGAUUUGGUAUUAGGAGGGAUGGUCCAAUGAAGUUUGAGAAGGACUUUGACUUUGAAAGUGCAAAUGCACAAUUCAAUAAGGAGGAAAUUGAUAGAGAAUUUCAUAAUAAACUUAAAUUAAAAGAAGAUAAACUUGAGAAACCAGAGAAGCCCGUAAAUGGAGAAGACAAAGGUGACUCAGGUGUUGAUACCCAAAAUAGCGAAGGGAAUGCCGAUGAGGAAGAUCCACUUGGACCCAAUUGCUACUAUGACAAAACCAAAUCCUUCUUUGAUAACAUUUCCUGUGAUGACAAUAGGGAGCGGCGACCCACCUGGGCCGAGGAGCGGCGGUUGAACGCCGAGACCUUCGGCAUCCCCCUGCGCCCCAACCGCGGCCGCGGCGGCUACAGGGGCAGGGGCGUCAUCGGCUUCCGAGGGGGCAGGGGCCGGGGCGGCGCCAGGGGCGGCUUCACCGCCCCCCGCGGCUUCCGCGGCGGAUUCCGAGGGGGCCGGGGAGGCCGGGAGUUCGCUGACUUCGAAUAUAGGAAAGACAACAAAGUUGCUGCGUAGUCUACAAGAAAGCUACUAACCAGGUGAACGUCUAGAUCUUCUUGAAUCAGAGAAUUAGUUUUGAUCUCUGCAAAGAAUGAAGUUAAUUUGCUGUAUACUUGUCACCAGCACUGGGAUUUAACUAUUUAAUUUCAAAGGGGUGUAAUGCAGUUACUUUUGAGAAAUGGCCAUCUUUGAAAACAGUAAGCAUUAAAUAUAUUUGAGACAGAAGGAUAAGUAAUUUCUUAUGUAUAGUUAAUUAUAAGCAGUACUUCGAUGGAGUUUUAAGUAUUUUUUCAUCACUGAAAGGAUUUUUCUUAUUACUAAACUGUAUUUGAUAAUUGCUUCAAGCUGUAAGGACAAUGGUAUGCAGAAGGCCGUCGAUACUGUGAGUGUUUUGACCCACCGAAGGUUGUUUUUUGGAAAUCCUGUAAAAUCCCUUUUGAGGUAGUUGUUCUUGUAUCAACUAGGGUGCUGGACAGUAGAAAACUUGCUUUGUCAGUCAGAUAUGUACACACAGUAAAUACUGUUUCUUAGGCAAAGGAAAGUUUUUAUAUAGUUGUAAAAUUCCAUUAUAUCCCAUUGCCAAAGAAACAUUACAAACUUUGUAUAGCUGUAUAAAAAGCAACUAAUUUUUUAAAGAAUAAACAUUUUUAAGUCGG